CUGAGUCUGCAGCGGCCCCUGUGGGCGGGCGGUAGUAGCACAACUACCCAAGCACAACUGCAGCACCAGGCAGCGUCUGCAGUUCUUUCCAGAUCCGGACCAACACCAAGUCUUACUGCUGCAUCUUCUUGUUCGAUGCCACCAAUCAAGCGGCGCCCGUCUCACGACGCCCCGACCACCUCUACCGGGACAUCAACUCCCGCCGGCGGUGCGCAAACCCCGUGUGUGGACGAGGGAACUGCAUCCUGCUCCUCCAUAAAUGACUUCCUUGAGAAACAGGACAUCAACUCGGCUUUGCUGCACGGCGCUUCCGCAGCCAGGAUCAAGGACCAAUCGACCCCGUGCGGGUUCGGCCUAAUGGUCGAUAGUGCGGCGCGUUGCGCUGCUGCCUCGAAAUGUAAGGACGCAGCCGAGGAGGACAUCUGUUGUAGCCCAUGCCGUGUCCCUCAAGAACAACUAGAUUUUUAUCCAAGUGCAGGAGCUGCGCGAGGAACUGCGCGAGGUGGACCCCCUACAACUCGAGCGUCAACGCAAGUACCGGAAAAUCUCGUAAUCCAGACUCACAUUCUGACGCGAGGAAGCAACGCGGCCCGGGGCGAGAAACUUCUGACGUGGAAAGAGGAUUCCGCCAUUUGUGCUGCUAUAUUGGAGCAGGAGGACGACAGCACUCCUGCAGGUGCCGCUGCGCCAGCGCCAGACGGUGAGGACGAUCGGCGCGAUAUUGCACUACAGCACCAGCGUCCAGUGCGGGCCGAAAACAUCUUUGUCGUCGAGGAGGAGCUCGUCGCCGACGACCCACUCGCGCGCGGAGAUAUGAGCGUGGCCGGUUUGUUCGAGGAUCCAAGUUACGCCCCCCGGGAGUUGACGCGAAAUGUGCUGGCCUUCUACCAGUUACAGGACCGGAUCGAGGACACCGUCUUGAUGUCUACUACUGCCGGCACGACGAGUAACAAGGUCCUCCGCGCCUCGGCGGCGGACGCGCAGCAGGCCUGCUUGCAACGCUACGAAAAACUUCGUACGAACGUGGGUCUCCACGUCCAGAAAUUUGCGGAUUCGAGAUACUUCGUACCCGUUAAGUCUGCGAAGUGCCCGCCACUCGUACUCGAAGAGUUUCCAAGCCGAGCGGAGCCGACCACGACGACCACUAGUAGUAGCUUUGGCGCGUCUAGCAGCUCCACUUGAUCUCUCCGGCAGCAUGAUCCGUGGGUCCCUCACAGUGCUGAGGACUCUGUCACGGGAAGUAAAAGUAGAUGAACUCAAGGAACACGAACAAAUUAAAUCCGGCCAAGACUACGAUCAUUCACACAAGAACAAGAACAAUGGAGUCUGGUGUUGUCGGUGACCAGCACAAGGGGGGAGGACCAGGCCAUCCACUCCGUUUGUAAGGACAUCAGUUGUGAAAGCGGCAGGCUGGCACAACUUUAACUUUUUAACCGAACAAAACUUAUAGAAAAUUUUGAAAUCCCGUGCAACUUUUUGUUUCUGCCGUUUAGUAUUUAUGCCCGACCUCCAGAAGGAGAAGUUCCGAAGUUACUAUUACUUGAACCUAGCUCGCCCGUGCUGACCGCGGCUCGACAUAAUUGCCGGUCUCUUCAUACUUCGAAAGUUUUUAGCUUUCUUCUCUGUGAACUUGGAAAAAAAAACAGACUCGCUCUGAAGUUCUGACUAGCUCUUUAUUUUCCUAGCGUAGCACAAUGCGAAAGGAGCAAAAAUAAAGUACUUAUCAAUCUAUCAUAUUUGUACGUCUUCAGAAAGAAAAGGGUCGAUAUAUCUUCCAAUAAAUGAAUGCGCGCGACUCUUCUGUCCCGUCUUUUCGGAAACAAGAUAGGAGUCAAGAUGAAGGUAUAAUUACGAAUGUAGCUCUUUCCGCACGGUUGGAAUCAAGGCGCAGCUGCACCUGCACGACAAACGUGCUAGAUGGCGAUGAUGAUGAAUCUUUUGGCGCAUAAUGAGUCUGCAAGUCUAACUGUAUUGCUGAAGUUGUAAAUUAAAGAUUUACAACAUGUACAUCAUAUUUGAAAAUAUUGAUAAAAAUUUCUACUGCGUUUAAUAGACCGAGCCAUCCUAAUAUCUUAUCUUUUUUGUGGUUGUUGCAUCGCUUUCCGAACUGUAAUUAAGUAUAUAUGUUUCUGCUGCGUCAUAGCAGUAUGAGUCUUGCCUCCAAAGAAGCUGCUUGAUACCGAUUCCGAUCGGUAUUCAUACAAAUCGGUAUUCUCGAUCGCUAUGCGACAAAGAUGAAAUCUGCUGGAUGCGGCUGUAGGGUAUCCUUACAUUCGCAUGCACUGAAGCGAAAAUAUCUAAAUCUAUCUAUAGGCAUAGAGAGGGAGGUGGUAGAGCGAAGAGCUCUAGUCACUUCGUCCACUCCACUGCUUCUGUACACCUCCUACCCUAGUCAGUUGAAAACGAAAAGCCAAAGAUCAAGAUAGAAGAUUUCUCGGGAACGGGAUAAAGUAACUGCGUACAAGAUUGUAAAUACGAUAUUAGGAAGACACGGCUACAUCUGCAGUAGUUAAGACUCUGUGCAACGAGGCGUUUCAAGAAGUUGUCCGUUCUUUGACGCAAUCGAAAUCGAUGUAGUGUUGUAGUUUUUCUCUUGCACCAAAAUUAACUAGAGCUAGUGCUCCUGCUGUGUAUCUACAACGUUCAAUUUAUUUGUACUUCUACUUUAUUCGCUUUCUUAUUGAUUGUGCUUUGCGAUACAUGCAUAGUGCGUAAAAUGUGGAAGUAAAUAUGAUAUGCGAGGACGCUCCGCCGCUCGAGUACUCUUCAUAUGAGCAUUGAUGUGCUUAGGAAGUCGUUGUGUCCGAAACACCGAAAUCCACCGUACGAGAUAUGAGCAUUGAUGUAUGUAAGCAUUGUAAUUGUACUUUUUAUGAGUUGUUCGUAUGUAUGCCCGAGCCCGAGUAAAAGAACCAAAGUUAGCUCAUCAGAAGGAAAGUGAUCGUCAAAUGCAAAGCAACAAAUUCCAGAGCGUAGGAACUUUCUUUUGGCCCUCCCUGAAUGAUUUAACAACGAAUAAAGGACACCAUGAAUCCACCGCGAAGCUCGACCAGCACCUGUGGCUUUUCCUGCUUUUGGUGUGUUUUUUUUCUUCGUCUUUCCAUCCGACGGAUUUUUUAUCCACAGAAAUUACACAAUGCGCGGA